UUCGUCCGCAUUUUUUUGACCGGGUAAAUGUCAUCGAAUAAUUGUCAGUUACGGUGCCGAAAGCCAAAUCGAUAGAAGUUGAGUUAAUUUUUAUCUUAAUUUUCUAUCAAAAUUUAAUUAAGAAUUAUCACGUAAUACUCAGGUUUUUCUAGUUCGAGGACAUGCGACUGCAUCAUCCCUUGUUAGCAGUGGCAUUAUUAUGCCUAAUGCCGAAAGCAUUUGUAAAAGCAGAUAACUUUGAAGAAAAUGAUUUCGCCGAGUUUGAAGAUUUCGAUGAUGACGAAUUUGUCGUGGAAAACGUGGUGGGAAGGCAGAUCGACAGCGGUGAAAUCGAUUCAAUAUCCGGAAAAGUUCACGAUAAUGCCCCCAAGAAUGAAGAUGAUGCUAACGAUUUUGCUGAAAUUGAUGACAACGAUGAAGACGAAGCUGUGGUUGAGGACGAAGAGAAUGAAUUUGAGCACUUCCAAGAUGAGGAAGAAUUUGAAGGAUUUCCCGGAACGGCAAACGAACCAGAUGAUAUAAAACCAGGCGAUGCGAAGAAAACCGAGCCAAAAUUGACCAUGGCAAAAGUACCGAUGCAUUUCAGAACCCACUGGGACUCAUAUUGGAUGGAAAUGCUUAUGCUUGCUGGGCUUCUUGCCUACUUUGCAAACUAUCUGAUCGGAAACAAAAAGAAUUCUUCAAUAGCUAAUUUAUGGCUAUCAACUCACAAGAGUUUGCUCGAAGACAAUUUUGUUCUCGUCGGAGAUGAUGGUAAAAAGGAAACCGAAGGAUCGACUCUGUGUUUUAUCAAGGAAAGCGAGAGUGUUUACACACUUUGGUGUAGCGGCCGUUCAUGCUGCGAAGGAAUGCUUGUCGAGCUGAAAAUGAUCAAACGUCAGGAUCUUGUUUCACUGAUAGCUGGUAUAAUGAAACCCGUUCAUGAUCAGUUGCAUAUAAAAGUAGAAAUUUCACCGGAUGCUAUGGAUAAUUAUGUAUUCUGUAUUGCGACUAAAAAGCAAACUACGAAAAUGUUCAAAGAAAUGAACGAUUUGAAUAAGUUUUGCACUCUAGUCAACAAAACUGAGGAAAAGUACAAUAUUCUCGGUUAUUCACUGUUAUCGGAGAUUGCGGAAGCGUCUUCCACCCUUUUAGAUAGUAGAUUAAUAGCUGCGUUAAAUAAGUAUUCACAUCUGAUUGAGUACAUCCAUGUAUCGGAUCAAUACAGUGGUCCAAUUCAACAAGAAGAUCCUAACACUCUCAAACAACCAGAAGUAAAGCGCGUUCUUCACUGUGGGUUUAAUAUGCCACCAAAGAUCGACAUGAAAGAAUUGAAGCCACUGCUGGUUUUGGUACUUUAUCUCAUGGAACGCAUCAGACGUUUCCGUUUAUCUAAAGAGGGAAAAGCAAAGUCUGAUAAAAAUCGCGCACGAGUCGAAGAGGAAUUCAUGAAAAAUACUCAUGCCGCUCGAGCAGAAGCCGCCGCUCAACGUCGGGAAGAGAAACGCAAAGCCGAGAAGGAGAAAGUUCUGGCUAAUGAUGACCCUGAAAAACAGAGACGUUGGGAAGAAAAAGAACGUAAGCGCCUCGAGAAGAAGCGUCCAAAAAUGAAACAGCUUUCAAUCAAGGCUCUAUGAGCUGCAAUCAGUAGGUCAGUUAUACAAUUUUCUCAAAAAGAACAUCGAGACUUGCCGCAAACUCUGUUUACCACAUGCAAUAAACAUUUUUAGAAAUAAGCAGCUGUAGAACCAUACGAACAAAAUAAUAUCCUACUUGCGUCGAGUUUGUGAAUCAAUUUGUUUCGAAUAUACAUAACAAAGCCAC